AGCCGUUUGGGCUCCACGGAUCGUUCCGUCUUCACCUGCCGCCCGCGGGCCUCCCCUCGGCCACGAGCCACCACCUGCCGCCGCCCCGUUGGCGCGAUGACGGGGCAGUUUCCGGGCGGCAUGAUGGGAGGCUGCGGCAUGCAGCAGGACCCCAUGCAGCUGAUGCAGAUGAUGCAGAUGAUGCAGCAGCAGCAGAUGCAGCCGCAGCAGCAGAUGCAGCCGCACCAGCCGGCGUGGGAGCAGCCGUCUUACGGCAAACAGGGCGGCGGAUAUCAACAGGGCGGUUGCGGAGGAUACCCAGCCCCAGCAGGCCCAUGCGGAGGCUUCCCGAGCAUGCAGGACCUGGCAAAGGACAGUUCUUCGGGCGGAAGCGCGGCCACUGUCCAUGACAACGAGGUGAAGGUCGUCGAUAACCGCGGGCAGCUGGUGCAUAAUCACAUGCGUUUCGCCACAUUCCAUGACGUGCCCUUCCCCUCCACCAUCAAGGACCAGCUGCUGCAGGCCGGCUUCCCAGCGCCCUCGCAGAUCCAGCAGUACUGCUGGCCCCUGGCGUUGCAGCAGUACGACGUGAUUGGCGUCGCGGCGACGGGCAGCGGCAAGACACUCGGGUUCCUGCUGCCCUGCUUCAGCUGGAUGCUGGAGAAGCGCGUCUCGGACCGGGAGCCAUCCAUGCUGGUGCUGGCGCCCACGCGCGAGUUGGCGGUCCAGAUCCAGGAGGAGUCCCGGAAGUUCGGCCAGUCCAGCGGCCUGCGCACCACCUGCUGCUACGGCGGCGCCCCCAAGCACGAGCAGCUCCGUGAGCUGCGCGCGGGAGUCCACGGCGUCAUCGGCACCCCAGGGCGCAUCAACGACUUCCUGGAGGGCAACCAGUUGCGCCUGGAGCGCGUGGAGAAACUCGUGCUGGACGAGGCGGACCGCAUGCUCGACAUGGGCUUCGAGCCGCAGAUACGUAAGAUCCUGGCCAAGAUCCCCAGGCAGCGCCAGACGCUGUUCUUCACUGCCACGUGGCCCGCGAGCGUCCGUCGCCUGGCUAGCGAGUUCCUGCGCGACGCCUUCCAGGUGCAGAUCGGGAACCGGGACGAGCUGAAGGGCAACCAGGACAUCACGCAGAUCAUCAAGGCCUGCAGCCCGCACAACAAGAACACGAUGCUGAUGGACGUCCUGCGCCAGGCCUCGGUCGCGGACCGCGGCAACGCCUCGGCCAAGGGCAUCGUGUUCUGCAGCACGAAGCGCAUGUGCGACCAGCUCUCCCGCGACCUGAGCCAGAAGGGCGUGCCCUGCUCCGCCAUCCACGGAGACAAGGGCCAGCGCGAACGGGAGCAGGCGCUCAACGACCUCAAGGAGGCACGCAUCAAGCUGCUGGUGGCCACCGACGUGGCGGCGCGAGGCCUGGACAUCAAGGGCAUCACGCUGGUGGUGAACUACGACGCGCCCGGGAACACGGAGGACUACGUGCACCGCAUCGGCCGGACCGGGCGCGCGGGGCAGAAGGGCUACGCCGUGGCCCUGAUCUCAGACCGCGACGCGCACGCGCUGCGCGGCAUCAUAGAGGUGAUGAGGCGCACGAACCAGGAGGUCACGCCUGAGAUCGAGCGCAUGGCCGCGAACGCCGGGCCGCCGCCGCCGUCCGGCCGCGCGCUGCGCGGCAAGGGCGGCGGCGGCGGCGGCUCCUUUGGCAGCUCCUUCGGCGGGGGUGGCGGCCGCGGCCGAAGCCGCAGCAGGGGCCGCGGGCGCAGCCGCAGCCGCGGGCGGCGCUGAUGAGCGGCCCAGAGGCUCUGGGCCUCGCAGGCGGGGUCCAGACGAGGGGGACGGGAGUGGGAGGACCCUGCUCGGGAGGAGGAUGAGUGUGACGAUGGCGGCGCGGGGCAUACCCCCGCGCUAAUACCCCCGCGCUCCUUGCCUCUGUUUUCCAGUGCAUCAAUAGGGGACGAAUUAUUCUGACGGCGCUGGUUGUGGAUCACGCAGCGCCUAGAUAUUUGCUUAUGCGCGCUCCGCAGGUUCUCCAGAUCACUGUGCCUGAGGGGGCAAUUCAAUGUGAGUAUAAUUUUGCGCCAUGGGGCUCGCCCCCCUGAGGUCCAACAUGCCGCGACAACAGAGCGGAAAAGUCAUAUCAUC